AUGCAUCGGAUUUUCUUAGAAGAGGACUCCAAACCUUCGCGAGAAGCACAGAGGCGGUUAAAUCCCAAUAUGAAAGAGUUGGUGAAAAAGGAAGUAGUCAAGCUCCUUGAUGUAGGCAUUAUUUACCCAAUUUUAGACAGUCAGUGGGUAAGCCCGAUUCAAGUGGAUCCAAAAAAAUCUGGGAUCACCGUGGUGAAAAAUUCUGACGGGAAGAAAUUUUAUUACUUCUUGGAUGGGUAUUAUGGAUACAAUCAAGUUGCCAUUCAUCUUAACGAUCAGGAGAAAAUAACUUUCAUCUGUUCAUAUGAAGUCUUCAUGGAUGACUUUUCAGUGUUUGGGUCUUCAUUCGAUAAUUGCCUAGAGAAUUUAGUGCUUGUUCUUCAACGACGUAAAGAGAAGAUUCUAAUCUUGAGUUGGGAGAAAAGUCACUUCAUGGUGCAAGAAGGAAUUGUCUUUGGCCAUGCUCCAGAUUGGUCUCUUCCUUAUGAGAUUAUGUGCGACGCAUCAGAUUAUGCAGUUGGGGCAGUCUUGGGUCAGAGAAUGGAGAAAUUGCCAAGAGUAAUUUACUAUGCAAGUAAGAUCUUAAUAGAGGCACAAUUAAACUAUACUAUUACUGAAAAAGAAUUAUUAGCAGUGGUCUUUGCUCUGGACAAGUUUUGCUCUUAUUUGUUGGGUUCCAAAGUUAUUGUGUUUUCUGAUCAUGCAGCUCUUCGACAUUUGCUCAACAAAAAGGACACCAACCCAAGGUUGAUUAGGUGGAUUCUAUUGAUACAAGAAUUCGACCUAGAAAUCAAAGACAAGAAGGGUUCAGAAAAUGUGGUGGCAGACCACUUAUCCAGAAUUUUGGAAGAUCCACAAUUAUACAAAUACCGCUCGGACCAAAUUAUUCGUCGCUGUGUACCAGAUAAUGAAAUUUCAAGCGUUCUAAAGUUUUGUCAUACACUAGCUUGUGGUGGCCAUUUCAGUGGAAAGAAGACAGGAGCAAAGAUUCUUCAGAGUGGUCUAACUUGGCCUUCCUUGUUCAAAGAUGCUCACAAGUUUGCUAAGGCCUGUGAUCGAUGUCAACGGUUGGGUACCAUUAUAAAAAGAGACAUGAUGCCUCUCUCCUCAAUUCUGGUUAUUGAAAUUUUUUAUGUCUGGGGCAUUGAUUUCAUGGGGCCAUUCUCGAUGUCACAUGGCAAGAAGUAUAAUUUGGUGUAUCGCACUGCAAUCAAGACACCAAUUGGGAUGUCGCCAUAUCGCUUGGUCUUCGGGAAAGCAUGUCAUUUACCUGUGGAAUUGGAGCAUAAAGCUUUUUGGGCUGUGAAAAAAUUAAACUUCGAUAUGAGUCAAGCUGGGUCUAAGAGGAAGUUGCAGCUAAAUAAAUUAGAAGAACUUCGUAAUGAUACUUACGAAAGUGCAAGAAUUUAUAAAGCUAGAACCAAAGCGUUUCAUGAUAAGCACAUUGUGAGGAAAAAUUUCGAGCCAGGUAACAAGGUCUGGUUAUUCAACUCCAAGCUGAAGCUAUUUCCAGGGAAAUUGCACUCAAGAUGGGAUGGUCCAUAUCAAGUUCAAAUGGGUUACACUAUUGCCACCGAUGAGUUCUCUUCUGCGCGCAAUGAUCGUUAUGGUGAGGUUGAUUGGAAUCACAGCUGA